AUGCUUCUAGAUAUUCAAACUAGCAUUACAUUAACCGAUAAAUACCGAGAAGAUUGCAAGUAUUGUUGUCCCAAAAUCUUGUUUUCUGUAAUGGUGCUGAAUUCAAAUUCAUGGACAUUUUCAUCUAUUUCAAAUGUUAUUUUACCAACAGAAUUGCAAGAAACAUUAAAUAGUUUUGAAAAUUUUUAUUGUCAUCGUCAUAGUCGUCGAAGACUAACUUGGCUCCACCAAUAUUCUAUAGGUGCAUUACAAGUAAAUUUUCCUGAAAAAAAAUAUAUAUUACGAGUAAGCAGUAUCAAUGUAUCAAAUGAUUGUCUUAUUAUUAUUUAA